AUGCGCUUGGUCGAUCUUCCUGCUGUUGGUAAUCAUUUUACUUGGUUAAAUAGCAGCGGAAGUUGUCGUAGUAGAUUAUGCAGAUUCCUAUUGUCGGAUAGUUUAAUUGACAAAUGGAGAAUUACUGCUCAAUAUGUUAGGGAUAAAGACGUCUCUGGUCAUAGGCCUGUAUGGAUCAAAGCUAGUCAUGUUAACUGGGGGCCCAAGCCAUUCAAAGUCUUUAGCUGCUGGUACAAACAUCCACAAUUUCAUGACUUUGUCAAGUCUGUUUGGGAUUCUUCUGCUAUUGGUGGUGAUGCAACAAAUGUGUUGUCAGUAAAGUUAAGACUCCUUAGAACGCGUCUUUGGUGGUGGAAUACAAAUGUUUUUGGGUUGAUUGACUUAAAAAUUAAAGAUGAGGUUUCUAAAGUUAAUAAAAUUGAAGAUGAGGUAACUUGGUCUGGGGAAGAAAUCUCUGACAGUGACCUUAACAUUAAAGCUACUGCACUAGAAGCUUUUUAG